GCGUUUUCACGGGGAUUUGCCGGUAAAAUCGGUCAGCAGAUGCCAGUUAGCAGCUGGCACUGUACGCAGAGACAGAUUUUCGCCUGGUUUGGGGAAAUUACCCAGCAUUUCGGCUACAAAACCCUGAAGGAUUAUUGAGGAACGCCGUCUUUGUGCGUUCCAUCAUGAAAACCCGCCUGCACCGUAAAGGCCACUCGGGACAGAAGCUUCUCUUUGUACCAGACGUCAUGGAUCCUAAAAUGUUCCUUCCGAAAACGUUUGUCUGUAUUUAGAACCGAAUGAAGAGCUUCACCAUGAAGAGGAGGCAGAAGCGCGUCCUGCAGAUGGCGUUUUUGUUCACGUUGGCUCUGAUUUUUUUACCGAACGUGGGGCUGUGGUCUCUGUACCGGGAGAAACACCUGAUUAAGGCUCACGAAGCUGACGAGCAGGGAUUUGCGCUGGGACUGAGUGAUGGACAUGUUUACAGCUGGACUGAUGGAUUGAGGAGGAUAGAUUGGCACGAUAAUGAGAGCAUCAGGAGAGACGAGCUACGUGUUGGAAAAGGCGAGCAGGGGAAGCCGUACCCGCUGGCCGAGGACGAGUGUGAUGACUCGGUGUACAAAGAGAACGGAUUUAACAUUUACGUGAGCAACAACAUCGCUCUGGAUCGUUCACUUCCCGACAUCAGACACCCAAACUGUAAACAGAAAGUGUACCUGGAGAAGCUCCCCAACACCAGCAUCAUCAUCCCAUUCCAUAAUGAAGGAUGGAGUUCUCUCCUCCGUACCAUCCACAGCAUCGUCAACCGAACUCCAGAUCACCUGAUUGCUGAGAUUAUUCUGGUGGAUGAUUACAGCGACCGAGAGCACCUUGGCUCCCGGCUGGAGGAGAACAUGUCCAGGUUUCCCAAGGUGCGUAUAGUGCGCACCAAGAAGCGAGAGGGUCUGAUCCGAACUCGGCUGCUGGGAGCGUCCAUGGCUAAAGGAGAGGUCCUGACCUUCCUGGACUCGCACUGUGAGGCCAACAUCAACUGGCUGCCACCUCUGCUGGACCAGAUAGCACAAAACCCCAGGACCAUCGUGUGUCCCAUGAUCGACGUCAUCGACCACAACCACUUCGGAUACGAGGCACAGGCCGGAGACGCCAUGCGGGGAGCAUUCGACUGGGAGAUGUACUACAAACGCAUACCCAUUCCACCUGAGAUGCAGGGCUCGGACCCCAGCGACCCAUACGAGUCUCCAGUGAUGGCCGGAGGUCUGUUUGCUGUGAACCGCCAAUGGUUUUGGGAACUGGGAGGCUAUGACACGGGCCUGGAGAUCUGGGGAGGAGAGCAGUACGAGAUCUCCUUCAAGGUGUGGAUGUGUGGGGGCAGCAUGUACGAUGUUCCAUGUUCUAGGGUGGGACACAUCUACAGGAAGUACGUACCAUACAAAGUGCCCACAGGAACCAGCCUGGCCAGAAAUCUGAAGCGGGUAGCAGAGACGUGGAUGGAUGAAUACACAGAGUACAUCUACCAGCGCAGACCUGAGUAUCGACAUCUGUCCACGGGAGACCUGACCGCUCAGAAGGAGCUGCGCAAGAACCUCAAGUGUAAAGAUUUUAAAUGGUACAUGAACACGGUGGCAUGGGACCUGCCCAAAUACUACCCCCCUGUGGAGCCCCUACCCGCUGCCUGGGGGGAGAUCCGGAGCGCUGCGUCCGGGUUGUGUAUCGACUCCAAACACGGCUCGACAGGAACGGAGCUCCGUCUGGACGCCUGUCUGAAAGAGGGAGCCGAGAGAACCUGGGCUCACGAACAGAUCUUUACAUUCGGCUGGAGGGAGGACAUCAGACCAGGAGACCCUCUCCACACCAGGAAGCUUUGCUUUGAUGCCGUAUCUCAAAGCAGCACUGUCACAUUAUACGACUGCCAUGGCAUGAGAGGCAACCAGCACUGGAGCUACCGCAGGGAUAAAUCUCUUUACCACCCGGUGAGCAGCGGUUGCAUGGACUGCAGUCCGACUGAUAAGCGGAUUUUCAUGAACAAGUGCAAUCCGGAGUCGGAGACGCAGCAGUGGCUCUUCCAGAAAGUCAACGUUACCAUCCUGGACAAAAUAAACGGCAUUACGAAUUCCUAGGACCUUUACACGUGGCCAGCCGGUCAGCUGGCUCCCAGAAUCCUUAGCAUGGGGGGUAGAAUUACUUAGUGUCUGAGUGUACCCCCUACCUACACCCCAUACUGACCAGGAGAAGAAAAAGACAGGUCAGGAGCAGGAGAAUUGGGACAGGGCCGGGCACGGAGGACUAACAUGACAGAUGGGAUACGUCCACAUGGACAACCUGCGGGUCAAGGAGAUCCUGUACGCGGACAAGCUUUCCUGCUCUCUUGUUUUUUCGGAUCAGGACGAGCCUGGCCUUGUUUAUCUCCACGGUUUGGACAGCAUCUCUGUUUUAGGAACUUUUUACUCUAGCGGAGACUGCGGUGACGUUUUGGUGUCACUAUGUGUUUUUCGGGAGGUUUGCCGGGUUUGAAACUGUAUAUUUAUUUCUAUUUAUUUUGUGCUAUUUUGGAGAGGUUAAGUUAUUAUGUGUGUUGCUGUAGCUCUACCGCGAGUGUAAAGCUAAGUCAGACUUUUGCCCCCAUGGAAUUAAUUAAAAUGUUUGACUUUUUUUCACUGGAAUCCAUGCCCUCUUCCACCCAGAUUUCUGCCAUCUUAAUUCUAAAUAAAGCAAAAAAAAGGUGUGUUUAUUUGA